CCAAAACCAGGACAACCUGACCGCAAACAUCAAGUUGUCAUUUCUGCUGCUACUCCAAGGACGAUCAAAACGACUCCCACGAGCCACCGAGCAAGAGCUGUCGAUUGGCAACAACGACAACGAUAUAGCAUUACGGCCAGGCAUGCGAUACUACCGGUCGCGCACAUUUCGUCGCUGCACCAUCUACGUGGCGGUGCUGUGCAUUGUACUGUUGGUCAUCGUCGGUUUUCUGCAAAAAGAAGCCGCCAACGGGUGCGGUACCACUGAAGACGCGCAUCCCUGCCUAGAGAAGCUGUUUCCACUCGUGCUCAAAUCGUUACAAUCGCUCGACAUCUCACUACAUUAUUUGUGUUAUUAUUCGUUGUGGGGCGCGCUGAAAAUCGGUGAACCCCUCCCGUGGACGAAUCGGAUCGAAUUGUGCGUGCAGAACGAGGAACUGCUCGCGAAGGCGGACGAAGGCUCUAUCGUCAAGACGUUCCGUAGGCACGGACUCGAAGUACGCUACGAUUCAGCCAACGGCUUGUACUACGCUUGGCACGAUGCUGACGUUCGAUGUCAGGUGUACUUGUACGUGUUUGAGAGUCAGGACGGUCAGUCGGCAUGGCGUGUGGGUUGGAAGCACCGCUUGAAGAGCUCAAAAGUGUGCGAGGGCACUACAUGCUUUCCGGCUAGACUUGUGAAGGCCCCACUCAAGCAGCUAGACUUCAUGGGUCUACGAGUCAACGUUCCACACGAAGAGUUCGAGAUACAAAAGUAUCUUUAUCCCGAUUCCUGGUGGAAAGACGUGCGAGCGCCGAACUGCUGAGUAGCGGUUGGGUAAAAUUUUCUCAGUAAUUGACGGGAUUUAAUAAAAUUUCAACUAGUGAUAGCAGUAGCACCAACAAUUAAUCGUUUGGACAAUGAAUAGUUGUCGCUUACAGUUUUGCAUGCGCGUAUUUGAAUCAUCGCAAAAUACUACGAUUUGCCCGCCGGGAGGCCAAUGCGUCAAUCGAUGUGAAGGCAGACAGCCAAAUAAGCUUUGUAUCGAAUUGAGAAAACAGCUGACCAACCAACACAUAAUGAUGCAAGCAGAUCUCGACGCUCGAGCACACAGAACGUCUUUGACGCUUAUGGCACAUUUCCAGCUUUCAGCGAUUGCCUAACGCGAUCUACCACGUUAAAUGAGCCAUCAACUGCGUUAACUAUUUCAUUGUGCGAACACAAACACUCACAGAUGAAUAAAUCUGCUUAUACCCCAAUGUUUUUAACCAGACUCCAUCCAACCCAAACCAUUCAGCCGGAGAACCAACAACACUGUCAAGUAUAUCAAUAUAAGACAAAAAUAUGAACCUAAUAAUAUAUUUCUCGAUUAUUCUUCUUUUGUAGUAAUAUGUUACAUACUAAUAAUUUAAUAAAAACUGUCUAAUUAAAUGACACUCGAGCUAAAAAUACAAUAGGAACAAGUGUCGAGGAACGCUAGAUUACGAGACGUUAAAGAAUUUAUACGCGCGACAUACCAACAGAGAACUUUCAAGGACAACUAAGAACAAUAGUUAGUACAACACAUUGAUGUUGUACAGUGCCACUGCCGCACGCGACGUAAUUCAAGUUUUCAAUGAGAGCUGUUGAUUUGCUGCAGAGAAUACUUAGCAAUAAAAAUGUUACCGUACCGUCCGAAGCAGAAUCUAGUCCACGUAAGCUCCACGUAUGCCACCACGUAUGUUCAUUGAAGAGUACCGCGAAAGGACUAGCAAACUUAGGGCUGGCUACGGUUAUGUGCUUUUUCGUCCAUAUGCGAACACUGUGUGCGCGAAGCCUUGCCUAUCGCCAUCCAAAAACCACCAUAAAAAAAGGAUAAAAACAAUGUCGAACAACGUUGUGAAGCAUCUAGUUCUUUGCUCAGAAAUAAAUAUUGUGAGAAAACGAAAAAGCACCGGUAAGUGAGAAUGGGUGGAGAAUUAUGUUAUGUACGCGUUCGAGCGCACGCCAAAGUUGACCGGAACAAAUCAUUUAAGGACUCACACGUCUCGACAAGAUCCACAGAAAAGUUUGAGUUUUGACCACGAGGAUUCAUUGCUCGCAAUGGCAAAAUUACGGAAGAGCACGAUCUCCGAUGUAAAACAGGAGGGCAUUCAAAUGCUCGAAGUUAAUGCGGUUAGGUUGCUCAGCGAAGGUGGCGUUUAGCCCUUAAUUGGCCAACUAGGCGCUACGAGAUCAUUAAUAAGGCUGAAGCCAAUGUUAACGGUGCACGGAACGCUGGUUCCUUUUUUGUACAGUUUUGAAUAGUGCGACAUAUAAUUGAAGAAAUGUGUGAGAAAGUCGACCCCAGCCAGGCAUGGGUACAGGAGCUAUUUGUAUACUUGGACUAUGAACGUGAAAAGAGAACGUGAAUGAGCCGCUGAUGUCUUAUCCAUGAUGAUAAGAAAUGCGUUUGCAUUUUCUGUACAUUACAAAUGAUUCAAUGGCAAAAAAAUAGUGUUGAAUAACUAUGAUUGAGAUGAUCCUGACGGAUGAGAGAACUCAUUGCUUCAAUUAAAUGCGAAUAAUAAAACGUUUAUUACGAAUAAAAUUAGGCUUAUUUACUGACAAACCUAUUGACAGGUAAUUCUUGCGACACAGAUGUUGUUUCACAAGUAGUUGCUAUUAAUAGUUGCCAGGUCAUUGUGUAGUGAGCCGUAUUUCGUUCUUACGAAAGCCAUACUUCACCGUAUUAGCGGAAGCAAGUUCGUAAAAUCCAUAAAUUAUUUUUACCAUUCGCCUUUCUUAGAAGUUGUGCACGAAUGGGACUCUCAUUGAAGCUGUAUUUUUU